AUGAACGCCAAUGUGACACCAGAACCCGUUGGACUGGUCAAAAAAUCUGAGUGGGCCCACUACAAGCCUAACCCGGACCUCAAGACAGGAGCUCGGUGCGUGCAGAUGCUCAAGGAGGCCGGGUUCGACGCGGUCGCCGACCCAGACUUCAACUGGUUCAUCGAUACCUUCCCCUUGCUGACACGUAUGUUUCCCGAUGGUUGCCCCCCGAUCACGAUCAUAUCUCAAAACGAGUACUUCGAGCCCUAUUUCCACGUGGAGAUAGGCCGGGUGCUGCGACCGCUCAGGAAGGAAGGAUACCUCAUCAUCGGGCCUGGCGGCGGCGUUCACAACCUCUACCGCGUGCACUGGAAAUACAAUUGGAAGUAUCGAGAUACCUUCGCGCAGGAGGUACCCCCUGACAGUGGGAAUAUGGAAUUCCGACAGGCACUGGAGGACGUGCUCUGCAAGAAUGGCGGUGGUCCCGAGUUGAAGAGCGCCGUGGUUCGCCUGAUGAAACAUCCUAAUUAUCGCGACGCCCACGGUACGGACGAGCACUACAUGCCGGCCUGCUUCAUUGCGGGUGUUGUUGGGGAGGAGGAAGAUCGCAAGGAUUCAGCGGUUCUUGGAGCUGAAAUUUGGGAGCUGCCCUUCUCUUUCAGCAAACCAGCGAUCAGCUUAGCUGUGAUUGAUGCCGCUGCAGACAGGAUCACAACGCCCGGCUGGUUGCUGGCUGGCUUUUGUCCUGUCAAGAUCGCACCGUUCGCGGAAAUCCGCAUGACCCCAGUUCGACGACCUGCCGCGUUUACCACUUCCCGCACGAUCAGCAGGGCAGCCAUUGGAUUGACAAACAAUUGCGAUGCCAGAUCGUCAUCGACGUCUCAGGCACCACGAAAACGGAGUCAGCCUGCAAGACCAGUUUCUCCUGCCAGGCCCCAACGACGAAAAAGGAGACACGGGCGCCAGGGACCAAGCCCCGAGUCGCACCAACUCCAGGACCCAAAGCUUCCACGAUACCGACCCCUUCUGCCCUUGGUGUGA